AUGAAGAUUAAUUAAAUACUGUUUUAAAAAAAAUUCUGGAAGUAAUAUGAAAAUUUAAUAAUUGGAUUAGAAUUAGCUCAAUAAUCAAAUUUUCAAUAUGAUAAAAGAAAUCUUCAAAUAACCUUUAAGAUCUCAAGCAAGUUUAUUGAUUUCAAAGAUUUUAAACAUAAAGAAUUAAAAAAUAUUUUAAGUAUUACAAAUUGGAGAAUGAUUAUUGAAUAAUUAAUAAAAAGUGAAUAGAAAUUAUAGAAGAAUGAGAAAAAUUUUUAAUCUAAAUUUAUUGGUUAUCAUGAUUUGAAAUAAAGUCUUAUGAGUAUUCUUUUAUUCAAAAUUAUAUUGUUAAUGGUUAGGAGUCGAUACAAAAUAAAUUAAAAUUUAAUAAAAAAAAGAAGUUUAAAAAGAUGA